CGCAAAAGUAGCUGUUUUUCCCCGGCUCUUGACACUCCUCCUAUACAGGCGCUGUUCACCCAGCUGUGUGUAUCACCCGCCUACAGCACAGACGCGUCUAUUUUCUCUUGAUUUGGGAGGAAAAGUGAUCACAAAGUGUGUUUUUUUUUUUUUACUCAGAAUUUCACAAACGGAGUGUUUGAGUGAGAGCUUUGUGGAGGGCUUUUGAGCGGCGGCAGAAUUGGAUUUCUUAUUUACUGAAGGGAAAUGUUGGUAAUAUCACAGCAAUUACAGUGAUUUGCAUAAUGAGGUACAGCUUGGUGAUUCUCUCUGCGGGCUUUGCAGCUUUGCUCAGCUUUUGCCUCCUCGCCAUAUCAAUUGGAACUGAUUACUGGUACAUCAUUGACGUGAAUAAGCCCAACUCCCAGGACCUGAGUUCCUACUCCGGACUGUGGACGAUCAAUGAAGCAAACCGGACGUCCGUCAUCCCUUCUUUCACCGCGAACAUGUCGGCCCUGUCCAAGGCGGACAGGCACCUUCUUGAGCUGCACAGGGCGGUGGUCAUCCUAUUGCCCCUUGGCUUGGUGCUGCUGGUCUUCGGUUGGAUUUUCGGACUUGUCAGUUCGUUGGCCUACAGCACCAAGCUGCUGACCGGAACGGGAGUGUACUUUCUUGUCUGCAGUUUUUUCACAUUGACCGGGGUCAGCCUCUACAUCCAAUACCACAACAAGGCCAUGGAGGAGUUCCAGCGUACCGUGUCGCCGGAGGACCUGGCCUACGUGGACGUAUCAUUCGGCUGGUCCUUCGCCAUGGCGUGGCUCUCCUACUCUUUGGAAUUGGCCACUGGCCUGCUGCUCCUGCUCGCCGCCAAAAUAACCAAAAUGAAAGGACGUUACGACUGCGGCGUCGCCGUCGCCACUUUGUGAACGUCCUCAGUGGACAGGCGGUGCCACAGGCCUACAUUGAGGGGGAAAAAAAGUUAAAAGACGAGAAAAAAUAUAUAGUUGCCCGCCGUAUUGUACAUAAAGAUGUUCAGAUUUAUUUAACAUUAUUACACAAUGCAUUAUUAUACCAGGAGCAAAGAGCGGCAUACAAGCCAAAGUUGUUAUAUAUAUAACAACUUUUAUUAUAUAUAUAAUAGGAUAGUGGGGAUGAUGAGAACUUAAAGGGGAACAGAACUUCUUUUGGAUUUUUGCCUACCAUUCACGAUCCCCAUGUGAGACAAGAACAGAUAUUCUUCUUGUUUUAUUCAUUCUAAGUCGUAAAAUAUGGCAAGUAUGAGGUGGCUAACAAUCCAGCUAAUGGGAGUAGCUCUCUUAAAAAAAACAUCCAAAAACUGCCAACAAUAUUCAGUUUACAUCUUGUGACUUAAAUAUUAACCAAGUAUUAGUUAUAUUUAGGGAUGUCCAAUAAUAUCGGAUUGCCGAUAUUAUCGGCCGAUAAAUGCUUUAAAAUGUAGUAUCGGAAAUUAUCGGUAUCUGUUUCAAAAAGUAAAAUGUAUGACUUUUUAAAACGCCGCUGUGUACACGGACGUAGGGAGAAGUAAAUAUAUAAUAUCUAAGGCUUUUUACACACACAAGAGAAUGCAAGGCAUACUUGGUCAACAGCCAUACAGGUCACACUGAGGGUGACCGUAUAAACAACUUUAACACUGUUACAAAUAUGCGCCACACCAAACAAGAAUGACAACAACACAUUUUGGGAGAACAUCCGCACCGUAACAACAUAAACACAACAGAACAAAUACCCAGAACCCCAUGCAGCACUAACUCUUCCGGGACGCUACAAUACACCCACCCCCCCACCUCAACCCCGCCCACCAAUAAUGCACUUUGUGACUUCAAUAAUAAAUAUGGCACUCAAAUUUGGCAUUUUUUUUUUCCAUAACUUGAGUUGAUUUAUUUUGGAAAACCUUGUUACAUUGUUUAAUGCAUCCAGC